CCCAUCUCACUUGAAACAGACAGCAUUCCUCUAGCAAAAUGCAACUUCCGGCAGGGCUCGAACAUCAAGCAAUUGGGUAUACUCAGUCCACGAGUUCUCCGAGCGAGGGAUUUGCAAUCAUUGGUAUUGGGUGUCGCCUGCCUGGUGGCAUAGAGAGCCCAUCCCAGCUGUGGGAGUUCCUCAAGCAAGAACGCUGUGCAGCUGGGCCGAUACCAGCCUCACGCUUCAACAAUGACGCCUAUACCGGGGGCAAAGAUGAGCCUGCUACCGCGGUGGGGCCAGGGGGAUACCUCCUGACAGAAGACAUUCGUCAAUUUGACAACCAGUUCUUCGGCAUAAAUAAUCGGGAAGCGGCCGAUAUGGACCCCCAGCAACGAAAACUCCUCGAGGUAGUCUUUGAGUGCUUUGAAAGUGCAGGAUACUCGUGGGGUCAAGUUUCCGGGGCGCAAGUCGGAUGUUACGGUAUGUGAAUAUACUAUAAACCAUCUACACUAGAUUUGAAGGGAAAAACAAUCUGACGGCCAAAGUCGCCAAUUUCUUG